AUGGCUCCUUUGAUCUCACAAGCCUUACAGGAAGAUGGAAAAGAACGUCGAACAGAUGCAUUUCCGACGGUUCAGACUGAAGGCCGAGAUAACUUCAUUUCAUGGCUUCUUCGGCAUGUGCCUGAGGAGUUUAGAACCCCAGAGCAAGUUGGACUGGAUCAAAUGCUGGUUUCAUUCGCUCAGUCUCCUCCAUUCUCCAUUCGACUCCUAAAGCACAAUAACGGCCGAGACGCAGGAGCAUCUCAACCCGACGACCACCAGCUCAUGCUGCUCUUGCCCGCGACCUAUCGCACCCCGUCUGAUGACUUGGCUGCAUCCAAACUUUAUGUCAUCGACUGUAUAAAUACAGAACUGGCCUUGCGGAGGUUGAACAGGAUUUACGGCUGGCUGUGGAUCGCGGGUCGGCUCGCGCCGCCUCGUGCGCUGCACUACCAGCUCCUGCUUAGUCGGGAGAUCUUCAUCACGGAGCAAAUGGACAUGCAUCUCGUCUGGACGACAGGCCGCGUCUUCAUCAAACCCAUCCCGCGCUUCCUACUCGAGCCAUGCUUCUGGACCAAAUAUCUUUCUUGUGGACAAGGAUGCGAUUGCUCUGUUGGCGAAGCUCAUUCCCGAGGUAGCAUCCAAGAAUGCGAGGGUCGAAAGCUUUGGAAAUGCGCGCUCGGGUUCCUAUUCUCUUAUGCCGCGCUCAUCCCCCACGAGAGCGACUUCCUAUUAGCGAAAGAGAAGAACUUGCUCGCGGAAGAGAUCACGUGGCCAGGCUGGAUAUCUUUCGUCGAGCAACUUGACACGGAGCAUAUCUACCCAGAUAUCGACCCGCGAUUCUAUCAUGGAGAGCUUCGUUUGAGUCGGUUAAACAUGAUAUACCACCUGCUUCAGACACCUUUGCACGGCUACAUGGCUUACUGGAAUCAGUACGCCACCUUCUUUCGAGAUAAUCUUGCCUGGCUAGGCGGGACGACAGUCUACAUCGCAGUUGUCCUGACCGCGAUGCAAGUGGGACUCGCCACCGAUACGCUCGCUCAUAACGACGCCUUCCAGUUUGCAUCAUAUGGUUUCACCGUCUUAUCCAUUCUGGGACCUCUGAUAUGCGCCGGGCUUAUCGUCCUGACGUUCUGCUUCAUUUUUAUUUACAACUGGAUAGUGACUGUGACCAAAAAAACAGAGCGGCUUCGUCGCAUCCAGCGUGGUUAA